AAAAUAAAAUAAAUUUUUUUAUUAUUUUCAAUAAAUAGUAAUUGGAAAAUUGUUUUUAAUUUCAAAGAAAAAGCAGAGACGUGUAAGUUGUUAUAUUUCGACCUGUAAACUACACGCCAUUGACAUUUUAUUCCAAAUAAUAUAUAUUUGAUUAAUUGAACUUAAUUAUGGAGAAAAAAAGUAAGAAUAAAAGAGGAAAAUCAGGUCGGGAAAACUUUAAUAAAUCAACUGAACCUACACAGCAAAAAUCAUCAAUUUCUGAUUUAAAACCCGAAAAAGAGAAUGUUAGACAAAAGUCAGAUGGCAAAUCGUUAUCAAAACAAGAUGUCGGACUGAAUAAAGGUUGGGAUAAACCUGUAGAACCAACCCAUGUACCAAGGGAUGAUCAGCGAUCAGAAGGGGGUCAACGUAAAAGCCACGAUCAACGCUCAACAAGCUGGCGAAAAGAUCAACAUUUGGCUGGUGAUCAAUACCCACAAAGUGAUAAAUAUUUCAAAGGUUAUUCAAAACAGAAUGUGGCUCAAUUUCGAAGAGGUGAUCAACAAUCUCGAGGGCACCCUCCUAGUGACAGACAACAACAAAAAAGGGAAGAUCAACAAGAUCAACAUUUGGCUGGUGAUCAAUACCCACAAAGUGAUAAAUGUUUGAAAGGUUAUUCAAAACAGAAUGUGGGUCAAUGUAGUGACAGAAAACAACAAAAAAGGGAACGUCAGAUUAGUAGUACAAGAACCAUACCAAAAAAUGAAAAAAAAUAUCAAGGGGUUGAAGAGGUGCAAGCUUCCACUUCGACUUCUAUUAAAAGUCCGGAAACUAAUAUCAUUCAAAAAUCAAAAAAAGGUGGCACGAAAGGAAGAUUAUGUCGAAUUGAAACAAACUAUCUAAAGUUGAGAUUAGCCAAAUUGAAAACCACCGCGUAUCAUUAUGACGUAGAAUUUACACCCCAAAAAGGACCUAAGUGGUUUUAUAAAUUAGCGUGGGAAAAUUUCCGUUUGAAAUAUUUUCCAAAUAAUCAUCCAGUUUUUGAUGGUAGAAAAAAUUUAUAUAGUGCAGUAUCCUUGAUUGACGUUGAAAACAAACCAGCGGUUAUGGAAGGUGAAGUUAGUAUAGAAGAUGAUAAUGGACGAUCCAUUAGUUUUCAAAUUAAACUACAAUUUACGUCUGAAAUUGAUUUGACAACAUUAGUCAAUUAUAUGGCUGGUCAAAAUAUGAUAAAACCCCAACGAGCUAUUCAAUGUUUGGAUAUUGUAAUUCAGCAUGCUCCAUCUAUAAUAUUUACAAGAGUCGGUAGAUCAUUUUUUUCAAAACCUUCGGAGAAUAUCAAAUUAACUGGUGGUAUGGAAUUAUGGCAUGGAACAUUCGUAAGUGCUAUUUUGGGAUCUGAACCGCUUUUAAACAUUGAUGUGGCACACAAAGCAUUUCCAAUCGAUCAAACAGUGAUUCAACUUUUAUUAGAGUUAAUGGAUUCAGGUUUCCGUUCAGAUAAUAGAUCAUCGGAUAGACUUGCGGAAUUACGGCAAGAAUUGCGGCCAUACAUUUAUGAGAAAUUUAAAACCUUUAUGAAAGGAUUGAAAAUAAAGUAUGAAAUUCCACAAAAAGUAACUACAAAACGUAUAGCUAAAGUUGUAAAUAUUGUUGGAUCUGCAAGAAAAUCAAAAUUCAAAUUAAAUGAUGGCCAAGAAAUGACAGUAGAAGAGUAUUUUGUUAAAGAAAAAAAUUACAGGUUGCUAUAUCCAAAUUUACCAUGUCUACACGUUGGAAAUCCAAACAAAAAAAUAUAUUACCCAGCAGAACUAUGUACGAUUGUUGGUGGUCAAGUAAUUAAUAAAAAAUUAAACGAAGAGCAGACAACAAACAUGAUCAGAAAAACAGCAACAUCUACGUACGAGAGGAAACAGAAGAUUAUGUCAUCCGUUAAUAAAGUCAAUUUCAAUGGUGAUUUAUGCAUGAAAGAAUUUGGAUUAGAAGUGGAUCAAAAAUUUGUGGAAGUUAAUUCACGUAUCUUAGAUCCACCUUAUUUAAGUUAUCGUAAUAAUGACACCAAGCCUCGAGAUGGAUCCUGGCGUCCAAGUCAUUUCUACGAUUCACCUAAAUUGAUACAUUGGAUAAUAUUAAGUUUGGAUAGUCGCGUACGUAAAGAAGAUUUAAGGAAAUUCGAAGAUAUGGUGAUAAAUACAGGAAAGCAGCAAAUGGGUAUGAUUAUUGAAAAUCCUCAGACGUUCAUCUGCCUCGAUAUCGUUCGUUCAACAUCUGACGACAUAGAUAAAUUAUUCAGUGAAUUCCAUAAAACAAAAAUUAAUCUGGUGUUUAUUGUGCUGCCUUCACAAAGAACUUCGGACGUAUAUUGUCAGGUAAAACAGAAAGCUGAACUUAAAUAUGGUAUUUUAACACAAUGUAUUAAAUCGAGAACAAUGCAGAGAAUGAAUCCAUCAACAGUAUCGAACAUUCUUCUCAAAGUCAAUGCCAAACUAAAUGGUACCAAUCAUGUACUUAAGACGCCUCCACGCAUAUUACGAGAUGAACGUUGUAUGAUAGUCGGAGCUGAUGUGACACAUCCAUCGCCUGAUCAACAAACAGUACCAAGUGUGGCAGCGGUGGCUGCCAGCUGUGAUUUAGAUGGAGUUGUUUAUAAUUUUCAUUCAAGCUUGCAACGACCAACUGCUGAAAUAAUUGAAGAUUUAGGAUUAAUCAUAAAAAAACAAUUAAUCCAAUUUAAAGCAAAUACAAAGGAAUUCCCUUCAUCUAUUCUAUUUUUUAGAGAUGGGGUCUCUAAAGGACAGUUUCCUGAAGUUCGACUUAAAGAAAUACCGGCUAUUAUAAACGCUUGUCGUGAGCUAAGUCCAACUUAUAGGCCAAAAAUAUCAUUUCUAGUCGUGCAAAAAAGACAUCAUACAAGAUUUUUCCCUAUUCGCCAAGCAGAUGGAGAUAGGAAAAAUGGAAAUGUAAAACCAGGAACUAUUGUGGAUUCAGUUAUUACGUUUCCAGAUGAAACGGAUUUUUAUUUAUGCAGCCAUGCUUCCCUGCAGGGUGUAAGUAGACCCACCAGAUAUUGUGUUCUAUUAGAUGAACAUAAUUUCGAUGAAGAUGACAUUCAAGAAUUAACUUAUUACCUGUGUCAUUUAUUUGCACGAUGUACAAGAUCUGUGUCAUAUCCAGCACCGACAUACUACGCACAUUUAGCUGCUUUUAGAGCACGGAAUUAUCUUUACGGGUACAAAAUUAACAUGGAAAAUUUAAAAGCAACAGAAAAAAAAUUACUUGUUCAAAAUGAUUUUUGGAAGAAUAGUCCCAUGUUUUUUGUUUAAGAGGCUUAUCUCUCAGACACAAAAAAUCGACGAUUUUUUAGAGAAAUUUUAUUGUUCAUGGCAAAAAAAAAAAAAAAAAAAUUAAAUAAUAUUAUACAAGUAUUAAAGGGUAUAAAAAAUUUUUUUCGGCUAAAAACACUUGUUUACACCACAUUGAUUGCGAUAGCUCUAAAAAUCGGUUUCCACUCUAGCAUCGGUUUCAGUAGUCCGAAACAAAACAAA